CCUGUGGUGCCAACGCGCCCAUUUCCCCGCGUACUGCAAUAUGGCUCGAUUUCCACCACCCCCUGCAUUUAUGACUACUCUCUCUCUCUCUCUCUCUCUCUCUACACACGCAAAAAACCUACAUACCCCAUUGAACUCUCUCUCUCCCAUGCUUUCUCUCUCAUCGCUGCCAUUUUCUCACUCUAACAUAAAGAAAUCAAACUCACCAAGUCACCAACCUACUUUCUCUCUCUGCUGGAUUUUCAUGCCCGCCCAUUCUUUCCCCUAGUCAUACCAUAUCUUUUUGUCGAAGCUUUUUCAUGGCGGCUUGAGAUUUUCCCGGAUUUUCAUGGGGACUUGAAGCCCUUUGCUGACGAAAAAAAAAACCCAUUUCUUAAUUUCACUUGUCAUGGCUUCCAUCACUUGAAAAGGAAGCUCAUUUCAGUCUGAUAUUGAUAAAUCUCUGGUUGGGUUUUCCCAAAAAGCGUUUCUGGUCUGCGUUAUGAAGGUUCGUGGAUUUUGGUUUUUUUUUGUGGCUCUGGGGACAUUUUUUAUGUUCCCUGGCUUUGGCUUCAGCUUCAGCAAUGGUGGCCAAUUCGUUGCAGAUGUGGUGCCUCCAGGCCUUCAAGUAAGCAUACCAGUGCCUGUGACCAUGAAAACAAAGGAGAAUGAACCAAAGUGGAACAGAAGACUGGGUGAUGUGUAUUUGGAGGAUUACCAUCGCUUCGAUCCAGCACCAAGCUCAAAGGCUGCCAUCAAAACAGGACCAAUCGAACAUGGUACCCCUCUGAUUCCUUAUAUUCCCAAACCAACCCCACCAGGCCAUCCAAAGCAUGCUGGAUCUCCUCCUUAGAGCCACUCUUUUCAUCUCUUUGCUUUCGUUAUGUAUAAGGGUUGGGUUAGUUAAUAACUUCCAUGACUUAGUGCUCAGUUUGGAAGGGUCAUAUGUGAAUUUCCUGUUCUCUGUGUUUUCUCUAAGCUAACUGUUAUUUGACAGUGCUUAUAUUUACUGAAACUUGUACUGACUAUUAAGCCA